UGGUCUUAAAACAUAGAAAUUCGUUUUAAAAUACCCCAGAUUGAAAUCUAAACACUCUUCUUCUCUACCGUGUUCAUCAUCGACCAUCACAUCACCUCUACAUCUCCCCCUAGAAACAACACUUCAAUCCCAUCAAUCACGAUUCACCAUAAUAAACACACACACACACACAAAAAUGUUCAACAACAGCGUAUCAAUCUCAAUGUCGGACGACGACGACUCCAACGACCUAAACCGGAUCCGCCCCACCCGAACCCGUAGAAAGCGGAAGAAACCAGGUCACCGAACCACCACCUCCGAGCUUCCACGCUACUUCCUCAGACUCCUCCUCAGACACUGGAUCCUCUUAAUUUUCCUCCUCGCCCUCGCUUUACUCCUCUUCGAAUCAACCAGGAUCGGAACCAAACCUGAGCUGAAAAAACACCAUCCGGAUUCAAACCCUAACAAGAAAAUCGAAGGAAACUUGAAUCGAUUGGAUCCGACUACGAAAGUCAUCGCUGGUGUUAGGCAACGUUGUUUAAAGCUUCUACCUCCUGAAGAGCUUGAGCAUCUUGAGAUCUUGGACCGUAAAGAUUCAACCUCUCCGGUUAAGAAACUUGUGUACCGAACCGGUACAGAUUUUGCAAGCUCUCAUGUUCGUGGGAACGGGACGCGGUUUAAUUUAUUUACUGGGAACCAGAGUUUUGCUGAGAGAGAGACUAGUUUUCAGGUGAGUGAGACUGUUUCGGUGCAUUGUGGGUUUUUCAAUGAGAAUGGUGGGUUUAGGAUUGAGGAUGAGGAUAAGAAGUUUAUGCGAAGUUGUCAAGUUGUUGUCUCCACGUGUGCUUUUGGUGGUGGAGAUAAUCUUUACCAACCUAUUGGAAUGUCUGAGGCAUCAACUCAAAAGGUAUGCUACGUUGCGUUUUGGGAUGAUGUUACAUUGGCAACACAGGAAGCAGAGGGGCAUAAGAUUGGCGAGAAUGGUUACAUUGGUAAAUGGCGAGUUGUGGUCGUGAAGGAUCUGCCUUUUAUGGACCAAAGGCUUAAUGGAAAAAUCCCUAAGAUGUUGUCUCAUCGCCUUUUCCCGGAGGCUAAGUACUCGAUUUGGGUAGACUCCAAGUCCCAGUUUAGAAGGGAUCCACUGGGUGUAUUAGAUGCUCUUCUUUGGAGAACAAACUCGGUGCUUGCCAUUUCAGAACAUGGAGCUCGAGGUAGUGUAUAUGACGAGGCAAAAGCUGUUGUCAGGAAACACAAAGCUACACCUGAAGAAGUCGAAGUACAGAUAAAUCAGUACAGGCGUGACAAGUUACCCGAAGAUAAAAGAUUCAACGGGAAAAAAGCUUUGUCUGAAGCCUCUGUGAUUGUGAGGGAGCACACACCACUGACGAACCUUUUCAUGUGCCUCUGGUUCAAUGAAGUUGUCCGCUACACGUCGCGUGAUCAGUUGAGUUUUCCAUACGUUUUUUGGCGAUUGAAAGUUCUCAAGAACGUCAACAUGUUCCCUGUGUGUACACGUAAAGAUCUCGUCAACAGCAUAGGUCAUGUACGCAAGGCAAAACCGUUGGUUUAGUAUUAUUUUCCCUUAUUUUUCAAUUCAUUUUGUGUUUAGCCAUUGUGAUAUAUAGAAACUGAACCGAUAUUUAUCAAACCAAAAUCGACCUACAAUUAAUUUAGGCAAAAUUCAAAGUUGGUGUGGUAUGUUUCUUCUGUGAAACUCAAUUUUGAACAUAUUGUUUGAUGGUAAAGUCAUUUAGCCGAGAGUAUUUGAUUGAACAAAAUAUGAGGACUCUUU